UUGCCGUGUGCGUUGGCGUCAAUAAGGAAGUGUUCCCACCUUGCUUAGACACGAGCAGACGGGACGAGACGGGAAGGGAAAGGAAGGGAAGAGAAGGAGGUGGAAGAGGACAGCUGCCGCACAACUCUCUCGCUCGGGAAUACUACUUGUCAUUUUUGACGGAUUAAACACUCACAGGAUGAUAUGAGGCCCACCCGACCGUGAACAUGUACGAGGUGAUGUCCGGCGACACUCUGUCCUGGAAGGUGGCCAGCCCGAGACAGAGCCUCGGCGAGCCGGGCGCCAAUUCCCUGGCCGUCGCCGGCGAGGGCGGGCCCGUCAAGAUCCUCAAGGUGUGCUUCUGCACCAACAACAACCUGGGCAAGAACUUCAAGCUGGUCAAGUGUGACAGCUCCUGGCAAAUCAGGGCGAUUAUCCGAUCCAUCCUGAUCAGCGGGCGUCUGGGUCCAAACGUGGAGCACACGGGAUGCUUCGGCCUGCUGCUGAAGCACCUGAAAUCCGAGGAGCUCCACUGGCUCCAUCCCGAGCUGACCGUGGGGGAGGUGGAGCAGCGCUAUGAGAGCCACCACGUGGAGGCCGAGUGGAGGUAUGACCUUCGCAUCCGAUACAUCCCCGUCAACUUCCUGGAAAAGUUCAAAGACGACCGAUCCACGCUGGUCUACUUCUACCAACAGGUGCGGAGCGAUUACAUGCAGUAUCACGCCAGCAAGGUCAGCGACGGGAUGGCGUUACAGCUGGGUUGCUUGGAGAUCAGGAGGUUUUACAAGGACAUGAACGCAAAAGGACUGGAGAAGAAGUCCAACUUUGAGCUGCUCGAAAAAGAGGUGGGCCUGGACCUUUUCUUCCCCCCGGAGCUGAUCAACAGCAUGAAGUCGAAGCAACUCCGCAAGCUGAUCCAGCAGACGUUCCAGCAGUUCGCCACGCUCAAGGAGGACGACUGCAUGGUCAGGUUCUUCGAGACGCUGAAGGAGUUUGCCAGUUACGACGAGGAGGUUUUCCCCUGCGAGCUGGUGCAAGGUUGGAGUCUGGCCGUGGAGCUGGUCAUCGGCGGGAGGGGGAUCCGCCAACGCACGCAGAAGAACUCGGCGCCCGUCUUUCUGGCCGACUUCAAGCAGAUCAAGAAAGUGCAAUGUUUGUCCCAGAGCGACGGCAAGGCCCUCAUCAAUCUGGACGUCGAAGGCGCCAGACAACACCUGUCCAUCAACGUGGCCACCGUGCCCAUGGCCGAGAACAUGGUGGAUCUCAUCGACGGCUACUGGCGCUUGGAGAACAACUCGGAGGAGUCCAUCAUCUGCAGGCCAAAUCACAAUGCCAGCGCGCGGAGCUCCCUCCCCGAGAUCCCGACUGGAGAAAGGAGCACCGGCUCCAUGCGACACAGUAUGGGGUCGGAUAUCUAUUGUGAGAUUAUGGACGAAAGACCCAGAUCAGUUGUCAAGUACGGGAUCGACCGCGGCGACAUCACGCUCGGGCGAAUCCUGGGCGAGGGCUUUUUCGGGGAGGUCUACGACGGCGUUUACGCAGUCGCGAAUGGAGAGCAGGUGAAAGUGGCCGUCAAGACGUGCAAGGACCGCUCGGCCGACGUCAUGGAGAAAUUCAUGAGCGAAGCGGUGAUCAUGAAGAAUCUGAAUCACCCUCACAUCGUCAAGCUCAUCGGCAUCAUCGAGGAGAACCCCGUGUGGAUCGUCAUGGAGCUUUAUGAGUACGGAGAGCUUGGCAAGUACCUAACUGAGAACCAGAACAAGCUGAGCAACAUGACCCUGGUGCUGUUCAGUCUGCAAAUCUGCAAAGCGCUCGUCUACCUCGAGGGCGUCAACAUGGUGCACAGAGACAUUGCCGUUCGAAACGUGCUGGUGGCCAGUCCCGACUGCGUCAAGCUGGGGGAUUUCGGACUGUCGCGCUACAUCGAGGACGAAGAGUACUACAAAGCGUCUGUGACCCGCUUGCCCAUCAAGUGGAUGGCGCCGGAAUCGAUCAACUUCAGACGCUUCACCUCAGCCAGCGACAUCUGGAUGUUUGCCGUGUGCAUGUGGGAGAUCCUGAGCCGAGGCCAGCAGCCUUUCUUCUGGCUGGAGAACCGAGACGUCAUCAACCAGCUGGAGCAAGGAAUCCGGCUGCCCAAGCCCGACAACUGCCCGCCGGCGCUCUACUCCCUCAUGACGCGCUGCUGGUCCUACGACCCCAGAGAGAGGCCCAACUUCACCGAGCUGGUGGUCAAGAUCAGCGACGUGCACAAGAUGGAGAAGGAGCAGGACGCGGAACGCAAGCGGGACAGGACGCGCUCCAUCAAAUAUUUGGACACCAAGUUCAGCUUCGCCGAGCCACCUCCCAAGCCUUCAAGAAAGAAAGCGGGGCGCUUUGGGAACACGCUCAGCAUCGGCUUGCACAUUCAGCUGAACGAAGCUUUGUGCGCCAGCUCGCCGGACCUGGCCAUCCCGUGUGAAUAUCAGUCACCCGUGGACUCCAUGAACACUCUGCCACUGACCAUCAGGUCUCCUCGACGUCGCAGCAUGGGGGAGAACGAGUUCCUCGGAGCGGAGCCCAACAGCCGCCAGGACGCCCAGCGGCUUUGGCAGAUGGAGCGUCAGCAACUGCACGACACCUUACGCCGCCAGAAGGUGCAGAUGGAGGCCGACAAAAUGUGGCUGGAGAAGGAGGAGCGACUCCUGGACCCCGUGGGACCAGACGAAUCUCCACCGCCGGUGUCCGAAGAGGCAAAUGAUGAAAACGGCCCGCCGGUCAAGCCUCCGCGGCUCACAGCGCAGCCGGCGCCCACGGCUGAGCUGGACCGUUCCGACGACAAGGUUUACCCGUGCGUGAUGAACGUCGUCAAAGUGGUGGUGCAGCUCAAGAACGAUAUCGUCGACAUGCAGCCUGAGCACUAUGUCACAGUCGUGCAGUCGGUGGGGAUGGCCUUGAGAGAGCUGAUCCGCAGCGUGGACGACAUCCUGCCCACUCUGCACGAAUCUGUGCGCACCGAGAUCGAGGGCACCCAGAAGCUGCUGAACAACGACAUGGCGGAGCUGAUCAGCAAGAUGCGUCUGGCGCAGCAGAACGCCAUCACGUCGCUGCGGGACGAGUGCCGCAAGCAGAUGCUGGCGGCGGCCCACAACCUGGCCGUGGACAGCAAGAACAUGCUGGACGCCGUGGACCAGGCCCGCGUGCGCGCCAACCUGGCCAAGCCUGCGCCGCCCUGAC